AUGACGACGACGCUCGAUAAGCGCAAAGGGCCGCCAGCGCCGAGCGACGGCCUGCUGGUGAAGCGCAUGCGUCCCGGCGAUGAUCGCGGUGCGCUCACGGCACGCACAGACCGGACCAGCAGCCUCGCUGCUCCCGUCAUGGCGCUCACGGAGGCGCAUACCGCCGAGAUCCUGGAUGUGCGAUUUUCCCGCGAGGGCGAUCGCAUCGCCGCUGCGUCGGCGGAUCACACCGUCUCGCUGUGGGAAACGUUCGGCGAGCAUCGCAAUCUAGGCCUGCUACGUGGCCACAAGGGUGCUGUGACCUGCCUGGCAUGGUGCGAGUACGAAUCGCGCACGCUCCUCGUAUCUGGCUCGGCGGACCACACACUGGUGCUGUGGGACCCGCAGACGGGCGAGCGCGUGCGCCGCUUCCGUGGGCAUCGCGGCAUUGUGAACGGCGUUGCAUGCACGCGCUCCCGCGAUGGCCGCAUCGCGUCCGUGUCGGACGAUGGGCGUGUGCUGCUGUGGGACUGCGGCGCGUCACGCUACCCGAUCGAUGCGAUCGAGCUCGGAUACCCCAUCACCUGCAUCGAGUUCUCCGACGAUGCGACGCACCUCAUCUUGGGCGGCCUCGACAACGCCAUCCAUGUGGUCGACCUCGCCACGCACGAGCGGCGCUUCUCGCUGCUGGGACACACCCACACCGUCACGUCGGUGGCGCUAUCGCACGCAGGCACGAGGCUCGUAUCCGCCGGCAUGGACGACACCGUGCGCAUAUGGGACGUGCAGCCGUUUGCUGCGUCAUCGCGCCUCCUCCGCACGCUGCAUGGCAUGGCCAGUGGCUUUGAAAACUUGCUCCUACGCGCUCGCUGGAGCCCCGACGACGAGUACGUCGGCAGCGGCAGCGCGGACCGCACCUCGAAUGUGUGGCACGUCGACAAGGCCACCCUGCAGCUCAAGCUCCCUGGCCACCGCGGCACAUGCACGGCCGUCGACUUUCAUCCCCACCAGCCGAUCCUCGUGUCGUCCUCCACCGAUACCACGCUCCUCGUAGGGGAGCUGGACACGUAG